GGGCCUUCUUUUCUGUCCGCAGGCAAACCAGCAGGCUACGCUGACCAUGUCCCUGGCUCAGACGGACUUCUGCAGGAAAUACGGGUUUGAUCCCCAGAGCCCCCUGUGUGCCCACAUAAUGCUGUCAGGAGAAGUCACAAAGGUGAACGAGACGGAAGUGGAGUUUGCAAAGACUGCGUUAUUCACACGGCACCCCGAGAUGAAGACCUGGCCUGCCGACCAUCAUUGGUUCUUUGCGAAAUUGAAUAUCACCAAUAUCUGGGUCCUGGACUAUUACGGUGGAGCAAAAACAGUGACACCUGAAGACUAUUACAAGGUCACAUUUCAGUGAAGCAGAAGGUGGCUAAUUGAACUGCAGGAAGGAAGCGUCAGAGGAUGGCCCCUUCAGAUCUCCAGGGCUCUGUUUCUGGGGAGGGUUUCCCCGCUGUCCUGCACACACUGGCUGGCCAGCUAGAGCUGGCUGGCUUGCUUACAGAUUAGAGUUGGACUUGUUACUGCAUUUCUUGGAGGACGUGGUUGCUGCCGAUUUCCUAAAGAAAUGUCUUCCAUUAAGAUCAAAGAAGUUGUGUCCACCAGCGCCUGAUGGUUCCUCUGACACUGCUCCUUGCAGGGGAGAAGCAUCAGAUCUAAUUGCCCCCUGGCCUUCAAAGCUGCCUGUGCCUUCAUCCUGGAAGCUGCUCUGCUCCACCGAGAGUCUCUUGGUUCAACCCGGGUUGAACCAGAUUCUUUGUCGUGACGAAAUUAAAAGGAAGUUCAGCUAC